GUGGUCGGAACCUUCCUCCCUCUCCUUCCCUUCCCCUUCCCCUCCCAGGGAAGGCUGGGACACGGCACCGGGGCUGUCCCGUGGCCGCUGCGGCCUCAGCUCCGGCCGGGCUGGGGUACGGAGAGUCCAGACCGCUUCCAGGGCGAGUGCUCCCGAUUGUGACAUCACAUCCAUCCCCUUGGUGAUGGAGCUUAUCACUGGGAAGGAAGACUCAGUUGGAGAAUAGCCAACAAGAUGGGCUACUGGGAGUAUCUCCUGAGUGGCACUGAGUGGAGGCAUCAGGGGGUUGGAGCCUUGUGAACAGGGAACCUGCCCCCCAACACUUGGAAGGGCCUGGGUUUCAGUGAUGAGACAUGGGGUAUGAUGUAACCCGCUUCCAGGGGGAUGUUGAUGAAGAUCUUAUCUGUCCUAUUUGCAGUGGAGUCUUGGAGGAGCCAGUGCAGGCCUUUGCAGCCUCCUGUUAUUAGAAGCAGAUUGGCUGGGUAUGGAGCAAGCUAUCCUGGUGGUGUCAAGAGGCCAUGGGUUGUGUCAGUUCCCUCCCCACCCUGGCAGGGCCUUGUCUGUUUUCUGGCGCUGUCAUUUGAGGCACCUCAUUGUGAGCAUGCUUUCUGCAAUGCCUGCAUCACCCAGUGGUUCUCUCAGCAGCAGACGUGUCCGGUGGACCGUAGCGUAGUGACGGUUGCCCACCUGCGCCCAGUACCUCGGAUCAUGCGGAACAUGUUGUCAAAGCUGCAGAUUGCCUGCGACAACGCUGUAUUUGGCUGCAGUGUUGUUGUUCGGCUUGACAACCUCAUGUCUCACCUCAGCGACUGUGAGCACAACCCAAAACGGCCUGUGACCUGUGAACAGGGCUGCGGCCUGGAGAUGCCCAAAGAUGAGCUGCCAAACCACAACUGCAUUAAGCACCUGCGCUCUGUGGUACAGCAGCAGCAGACACGCAUCGCAGAGUUGGAGAAGGCCUCAGCUGAACACAAACACCAGCUGGCGGAGCAGAAGCGAGACAUCCAGCUGCUGAAGGCAUACAUGCGUGCAAUCCGCAGUGUCAACCCCAACCUUCAGAACCUGGAGGAGACAAUUGAAUACAAUGAGAUCCUAGAAUGGGUGAACUCCCUGCAGCCAGCAAGAGUGACCCGCUGGGGAGGGAUGAUCUCCACCCCAGAUGCUGUACUCCAGGCUGUAAUCAAGCGCUCCCUGGUGGAGAGUGGCUGUCCUGCUUCUAUUGUCAAUGAGCUGAUAGAAAAUGCCCAUGAGCGAAGCUGGCCCCAGGGUCUGGCCACACUAGAGACAAGACAGAUGAACCGGCGGUACUAUGAGAACUAUGUGGCCAAACGCAUCCCUGGCAAGCAGGCUGUUGUCGUGAUGGCCUGUGAGAACCAGCAUAUGGGUGAUGACAUGGUGCAGGAGCCGGGGCUUGUUAUGAUAUUUGCGCAUGGUGUGGAGGAGAUAUAGAUCUCGGCGGGCUGUCAGGAAGAAUUGGAAAUCAGAAAAUCUCAUCACUCCAGUAGCUGAGCCCUGAGUCCUCCCCACUGUCCUUAGUACUGUGGCUUAUACUUGAGCCACAUAUCUCCCUGCUCUUUUGGCACUAAAGGGCCCUGGGACACCUUGCUCAGCCUUUCAGGUGGGAAACCCAGAUUCCCUUCUUUGGCCUAAUUUUUUCCCCUAAGAUGUCUAAAUUUUCAGUCUGGUUGGAAAGUACCCACCUCUAUAUCUAUUUUCCUGCCUAGGGUCCCUGGUUCCAGAUAUUUUCAGAAAGCACAAAGAUACUCAUUUUCUCUAGAGGAUCAGGGUAGAGUGAGAAAUCUUGAUUCAUUCCCCUCCUUCGAACCAGGGAACCUGAGCAGGCAGGCCUGUUGACUCUAAACAUAGAGGGCAUCUCUGGGGAGCAGAUAUCCGAAGAAAUGAUAAGAGUGGAACCAAAACCUUAGAAAUAAUGAGCCAGUAUCUGGCCAUCACUGAUGGCCCCUAGGGGAAGACUGGACUUCUGUGCCAAGCAAUACCUUGUUUAGCCCACCUUAAAAGUGCAGGCUCCCACUGGUCUGCAGGUGUACAGGAUGGGAUGCCGAAAAUGUCCAGAUGAGCUCUUUCCUACAAUUCCUCUUAAUUGAGGAAUGACAGGAAUGGGGGAGGGGGUUAGUCUGUUGAGGUUAAUAUGCUCAGCAAGCAGCUCUCUGGCAUUUGUUGAAAUCAGGCAGGCAACUGCCUCUGUGGCACAGGCCGUAAUAGUUCCCUAGCCCCCUCUCCAGCCCUGUGAUUGUAACUAGUUAUUUUGAUCAUUUCCUUUGGCCAUUGUUGUUUGUUUAUAUUUCACUCCCUCACUCCCCCCCCAUCCCCUUUUUUUAGAAUGGCCUGGUUAUGGCUAGCCCACUUUUCCAGUCUAGCCACAUUGUUGGCAAUUUAAUUUAUUUACUUUUUUUUUUAAGAAAGGAAAAAAAAAUUAACAAAACUUAAAACUUUUCUUUUAUUGUUCCAAUG